AUGUUAGCAGAGCUGUGCUGUGAAAGGCGCCCGGGCUUCUGGAGGAUGCUCCUGGUGGCAGUGUGCAUGGCCCUUCUGGGCUGCCUGCGGGCCCAGGGCCUCCAGGGACACAUCUCCGUGGUCCUGCUGGGGGCCACGGGGGACCUGGCCAAGAAGUACCUGUGGCAGGGGCUGUUCCAGCUGUACCUGGAGGAGGCGGGGAAGGGCCACAAUUUCAGCUUCCACGGGGGCGCUCUGACGGCCACCGAGCAGGGCCAGGAGGCCGUGACCAAGAUCCUGGAGGCCCUUUCCUGCCCCAAGGAUGUGCCGCCCGACCGCUGUGCCGAGCUCAAGGGCCAGUUCCAGCGGCUGAGCCGGUACCACCAGCUGAAGACCACGGAGGACUACGCGGCCCUGAGCAAGGACAUUGGGGCGCUGGUGCAGCGCGAGGGCCUCUGGGAGGCAGGCCGCAUCUUCUACUUCUCCGUGCCGCCCUUCGCCUACGCGGACAUCGCCCGCAGCGUCAAUGGCAGCUGCCGCCCCGGCCCCGGCGCCUGGCUGCGCGUCGUCCUGGAGAAGCCCUUCGGCCACAACCACCAGUCAGCGCAGCAGCUGGCCGCGGACCUCGGCAGCUUUUUCCACGAGGAGGAGAUGUACCGGGUGGACCACUACCUGGGCAAGCAGGCCGUGGCCCAGAUCCUGCCUUUCCGAGACCAGAACCGCAAGGCCCUGGACGGCCUGUGGAGCCGGCACCACGUGGAGCGGGUGGAGAUCGUGGUGAAGGAGACGGUGGACGCCGAAGGUCGCACCAGCUUCUACGAGGAGUACGGCGUCAUCCGAGACAUGCUGCAGAACCACCUGACGGAGAUCCUCACGCUGGUGGCCAUGGAGCUGCCCUUCGACGUGGGCAGCUCGGAGGCUGUGCUGCGGCACAAGCUGCAGGUGUUCCAGGCGCUGCGGGGCCUCCGGAGGGGCAGCGCCGUGCUGGGCCAGUACCAGGCCUACAGCGAGCAGGUGCGCCGGGAGCUGCACAAGCCGGCCGGCUUCCUCAGCCUCACGCCGACCUUCGCAGGCGUCCUCGUCCACGUGGACAACCCUCGCUGGGAGGGCGUCCCCUUCCUGCUGAUGUCGGGCAAAGCCCUGGACGAGCGGGCGGGCUACGUGCGGGUGCUGCUCCGGAACCGGGCGUGCUGUGUGCAGAGCGAGGCACGCUGGGCCGCGGAGCAGAGCGCCUGCCUGCCGCGCCAGGUGGUCUUCCACAUCGGGCACGGCGCGCUGGGCGGCCCCGCCGUGCUGAUGAGCCGCAACCUGUUCCGGCCCGCGCUGCCCGGCGGCUGGGAGGAGGCGGUGGGCCCGCCCGGGCUCCGCCUCUUCGGCAGCCCCCUGUCCGACUUCCACGUCUACCGCCCCGUGCGCGCGCAGGACGCCUACUCCGUCCUCAUCUCACACAUCUUCCACGGCCGCAAGGACUCCUUCAUCACCACCGAGAACCUGCUGGCCUCCUGGGCCUUCUGGACGCCCCUGCUGGACAGCCUGGCCCGCGAGGCCCCCCGCCUCUACCCCGGCGGGGCGGACAACGGCCACCUGCUGGACUUCGAGUUCAGCGGCGGCCAGCUGUCCUUCUCGGUGCAGCAGGCGGAGCAGCUGGUGCCGGGGCCCGGCCCCGCUCCCGCGCCCAGCGACUUCCAGGUCCUCAAGGCCACGUACCGAGACGGCCCGCUGGUCACCGCCUGGGCCGAGGAGCUGAUCGCCAAGCUGGCCGGCGACGUGGAGGCGGCCGCCGUGAGGGCCGUGCGGCGCUCCGGCCAGUUCCACCUGGCGCUGUCGGGCGGCUCCAGCCCCGUGGCCCUGUUCCAGCAGCUGGCCACGGGCCACUACGCCUUCCCCUGGGCCCGCACGCACCUGUGGCUGGUGGACGAGCGCUGCGUGCCGCUCUGGGACCCCGAGUCCAACUUCCAGGGGCUGCAGACGCACCUGCUGCAGCACGUGCGGGUGCCGCACUACAACGUGCACCCCAUGCCCGUGCACCGGCACCGGCGGCUCUGCGCCGAGGAGGACCGGGGCGCCCAGGCCUACGCCGAGGACAUCGCCGCCCUGGUCGCCAACAGCAGCUUCGACCUGGUGCUGCUGGGCAUGGGCGCCGACGGGCACACCGCCUCCCUCUUCCCGCAGUCGCCCGCCGGCCUGGAGGGCGAGCCGCUGGUGGUGCUGACCGAGAGCCCCUCGGGGCCGCGCCGCCGCAUGAGCCUCAGCCUGCCCCUCAUCAACCGCGCCCGGAGGGUGGCCGUGCUGGUCAUGGGCCGGCUGAAGCGGGAGAUCACCCUGCUGGUGAGCCGCGUCGGCCACGAGCCCAGGAAGUGGCCCAUCUCGGGCGUCCAGCCCGCGUCGGGCCAGCUGGUGUGGUACAUGGACUACGAGGCAUUUCUGGGGUGA